AUGGCGACCUCCGGUGGCAGUGGCGCUCUGGGCCGGGGUCUGGACAUCAGUCUGGCCGCCCUACGCAGGCAGGACCCGUACAUCCAGAGCAUCGUGGACGUGGCCAGCCAGGUGGCCCUCUACACCUUUAGCCACCGGGCCAACGAGUGGGAAAAGAGACAGAUGUGGAGGGGACGUUGUUUGUGUAUAGCAGAUCUGCAUCUCCGAAACAUGGCUUCACUAUUAUGAACCGGCUGAGUAUGGAAAACCGCACAGAACCUAUAACAAAAGAUCUGGACUUCCAGCUACAGGAUCCCUUUUUGCUGUACAGGAAUGCCCGAUUUUUUAUCUAUGGGAUUUGGUUCUAUGACAAAGAAGAAUGCCAAAGAAUAGCGGAGCUCAUGAAAAAUUUAACCCAACAGGAGCAGCUGAAGGCACACCAGGCAGCCACUAAUGGGGCAUCUCCCAUGGCUCUUCACUCAGAUGGAAAGGAAGUGGACAUCUUGCAGAUGUUAAACAAGGCAAAAGAUGAGUAUGCAAAGUGCAAGCCAUGUCCUGAACCCAAGGCAAUGACUAGUUCCUCAGCUAUCCACAGUAACCCCAACUUAAUCAAACCCAUUGCGGUGAAACCCACUGAUACGUCACAGCAGGUGAACAGCACAGAACAAAGCAAGUCAGGAGAUCCAGGACCCCAUCACCUGUCGCUGACUGCUCUGUUUGGAAAAGCUGAAAAGAACUUCAUAGAGGGUCACGAACAUAAAGACGCCUCCAAGAUCCGUCCGGCAGUGGUUCGCUCCUUGUCGUACGAAGAGCCAGGUCGAUUAUCUGAUAGCAGAGAAAAGCAGCUGUGCCCGGCUAUUCAGAAACUGAUGGUGCGUGGUGCUGACCUGAUACCAGUUUCAGAGAGCCCAGAGAAGCACCAUAGCCAGAUUGGGAGUUCCCAUCUUCCAGCAGACGUGUUCAGCAGCCUCUUUCUGCCCAUAGAAGAAGUCGUCCCUUUUCUUGCACAAGUGCCUGAUGGUGGCAAAAGCCUUCUGCAUAAACUUGCUAGCACCCACUCCACAGUUCCUCACUCUGAACCAGGUCUGACUCCCUCAAAACAUUAUUACAGUGGUCCUAUAACCAGCGUUACAUCCAGCACCUCAGGGAUAAAUACAAGCAGUGCCCCGCUUCACUGUUAUGAUGACACACAACGGAGCCAAAGGACUCCAUCAAAUCUACCUGCAAUGCCGCUCUCCUCCCAGCUGCCUCCCCCACCUGGAACCAUCUCUCCGCAUGAGCUGCUGAAGAAACUGAACCUUGUGCGUCAGGACCAACAGUACCAGGCCAGCACCAAACCAGCCCUGGCUGCCAAAUUCCCGCUAGUCUCUCAGCUAGCAGUAAAACAGACCUGGACAGAGAAGUUACCUGUGGGAGAGAAGUCCAAUCCACUGCUUGAGGUUAUACCCCCACAGCAGAUCCCAGCCACUGUGUCACCAUCUGUCCUCCUGUCUCCUUUGGUUUUUACAAAAACAAGCAUACAAAAGUCAGCCGAUGUGACAAAACCUGCAUUGUCUGAUAACGACACAAUCACAAAUCGACUCCUUCCUCUGUCGCUCACAGACACACCCACUAAUGGCAUCAGCAAUCAGAGCAGUGUUCUGACCAAGACCCAACUCCGUGACACCCUUCUGCAUCUUAUCCAGAAUGAUGACAGUUUUUUUGAACACCAUCUAUGAGGCCUACCUAUCAGUCUUGAACAGAAGUGGUGCUCCGGCUGGGAUGCUGUGA